AGAUCACACAAUAUAUUGCCACAUUCACAUUUCCACUCUCCUCAUACAAUCUCUCCUUAUAUUUCUCUCUCUCAUUCUCUCUCCUCUCUAACCUUCAACCAAACACAAACAAAACCAAAAACAAAAAACACAGAAACAAAAACAAAGCUCCCAGAAAACGCAACCUUAAAAACAUCAAAAACAACAACAACAACAACAACAACAACAACAACAUUAAAAUUCUCAAAAUCUUAUUAUUAUUCAUAAUUGAAUCAUUGAAUCAUAUUGUUGUUUAAUUAUCAAUCCGUCGUCGUUUUGACACCGCCACGAUGUCGUCCGGCGGCCCAACAACAACCUCAUCAAACACAAGCCCAAGGGUCGCCACCACCGCAACGGGUCCCACAACAACACGUAGACGUGUAGCCGACAAUAACAACAACAACAACAACACAAAUGACACAGAAAAACAACAACAAAAUCAAAACAUUCCACAAAGUUUCUCAGAUUUCUCCGAACUAGAACAAGACGACACCGUUUCAUCAUUAAACCCAAUUCACCACCACGCCCACGCGCACGUUCAUCAUCACUUACAUCCACUCACGCGCUACCUUCUCUUACGCGCUCGCAUUUUAUUAUACGUUCCUGAAUCAUUCAUACUAAGAUUGGAACAUUUGUUUUUAUGGUUAUCCGGUUCGGUUCAGUGUAUCCGGUCUGGUAAAAAUGUGGGCCGUAAGAUCUUUGCGAUAUUAAUCUUAAUGGUUGUUAUGUCGGUUUUUUUUAAGGUUUCGUUUAUUGGUGCUGGUGUUGAAAUGAAUGGUAAAAGUAUUGAAAAUGGUCAAUUGAUUUUACAACGGUUUAAAGAAGAUUGGGCUUCUGCUCAAAGAGUUGUUACUGAAAAUAAUGAUCAGGUUGAAACUUCCAUGCCUAAAAGAGUCCUCGAGAGGUUGGCUACUCCAGAAAUAUGGAUGAAGCCAAAAAGUGACAACUAUUACCAAUGCGUGUCAAGAAAUAGGAACCAAAUGAGACCAAGGUCAAAAACUAACGGCUAUCUUCUUGUUCAUGCAAAUGGUGGAUUGAACCAAAUGAGAACAGGGAUAUGUGAUAUGGUUGCAGUGGCAAAAAUAAUGAAUGCCACACUUGUCCUUCCUUCUCUUGACCAUGAUUCCUUUUGGACUGAUCCAAGUGACUUUAAAGAUAUUUUUGAUUGGAGACGCUUCAUGAAAGUUUUGAAAGACGACAUUGAUAUAAUCGAGUACUUGCCUGUUCGUUAUGCAAAUAUCAAGCCUCUUGUAAAGGCCCCUGUUUCAUGGUCUAAGGCUAGUUACUAUAGAAGUGAGAUUCUUCCAUUGUUGAAGAGACAUAAGGUUGUACAAUUUACUCACACAGAUUCAAGACUUGCCAACAAUGGACUUGCUUCAUCGAUUCAGAAGCUUAGAUGUCGUGCAAAUUACCAAGCUCUUAAGUAUACAGUUGAGAUUGAGGAGCUUGGAAAGACCUUGGUUGAUAGGCUAAGAAACAAUGAUGAGCCUUUUAUUGCCCUUCAUUUAAGAUAUGAGAAAGACAUGUUGGCUUUUACCGGCUGUAGCCAUAAUCUUACUAAAGCGGAAGCUGAGGAACUAAGGGUUAUGAGGUAUGAAGUGAAGCAUUGGAAAGAAAAGGAGAUUGACAGUGUCGACCGACGGUUGCAAGGAGGAUGCCCUAUGUCACCUAGAGAAGCAGCCAUUUUCCUCAAGGCCAUGGGGUACCCUUCAACUACAACAAUCUACAUUGUUGCAGGACCUAUUUAUGGUGGCAAUAGUAUGGCAGCCUUUCGCGCUGAGUAUCCUAAUGUCUUCACUCAUUCCACUCUCGCAACUGAGGAGGAGCUAGAGCCCUUCAAGCCGUAUCAAAAUCGUCUCGCUGCUCUGGAUUACAUUGUUGCGCUAGAAAGUGAUGUGUUUGUUUAUACCUAUGAUGGAAACAUGGCCAAGGCGGUGCAGGGCCAUAGGAGGUUUGAAGGAUUUCGGAAAACUAUCAAUCCAGAUAGAUCAAAUUUUGUCAGGCUGAUUGAUAAUCUAGAUGAGGGUUCAAUAUCUUGGGAAGCAUUUUCCUCGGAAGUUAAAAACUUGCAUUCCAAUCGGCUAGGCGCACCUUAUCUUAGACAAGUAGGAGAGUCGCCAAGAAUCGAAGAGAAUUUUUUCGCCAACCCUUUUCCUGGUUGUGUAUGCAACAAGUCACAAGAACAAAUUACAAGCCAAAAACUAGACCAAAGAUUUGGUAUUGGAGCACAAAAAUGAUAAUAUCUUAAUUUUGGUCAUAUGAUGACAAGGCUAAAAUAUUGGAGCUUCAUUAGGUUAUUAUGGCACUACCUUAAAGUUAAAGGCAACUCAUAUGAGUUAUGGUUGGAAUGUGCUUUCCUUUGUCUAAGCCUAUUUUAUGAGGCUGUUGAAGAAUCAAAAGGAGCUUUAAAGGGUUCUUAUUUUAUGCAAAAUACUAGUUUUAGUUUAGGUAUACAAAAAGGGUAAAGAAUAGAAAGUUUGUGUAUAAUCAAAAGGAAAAUUACAGGUUAGAAAAUUUAUAUUGGGGGGAUUGGGUUACAAUGUUAUACCGUUGGAUUUAUUGAUUAUUUUUUGAAGGACCACUGCCAAAUGGAGCACAAUUGGAUACAUUUUUGAAUUGAUUACUUCAUACAUAGGAAUCUAGUUUGGUACUUUACAUUG